UAGGUGCUGCCGUUGCUUGUGGAAGUCGGACUUGCGGCCCGAGCUGUCCAGGUUCCGGAGCCAGCGGAGCUCGUCACCGGGGCUCGGGCGGAGGUUCGCGGGGGGGGGAGAGCGGUGUCCCGCAGCCGGCCCUGCGCUCGUCCCUGUCCACCAGCCCGGGGUGAUGGAGCCGGCCGCCGCGCUGCCCACAGGCCCGCGCCCGGCGGCGCUGCCCCUCGGGGGUCCCGGUCCCCUGGGCGAGUUCCUGCCGCCCCCGGAGUGUCCGGUCUUCGAGCCGAGCUGGGAGGAGUUCGCGGACCCCUUCGCCUUCAUCCACAAGAUCCGGCCCAUCGCCGAGCAGACGGGGAUCUGUAAGGUGCGGCCGCCGCCGGAUUGGCAGCCACCAUUUGCGUGUGAUGUUGAUAAACUUCAUUUUACUCCACGUAUCCAGAGGCUGAAUGAAUUGGAGGCUCAAACUCGUGUGAAACUGAAUUUCCUGGACCAGAUUGCAAAAUAUUGGGAGUUACAGGGUAGUACUCUGAAAAUUCCACAUGUGGAGAGGAAGAUUUUAGACUUGUUUCAGCUAAAUAAGCUAGUUGCAGAAGAAGGUGGAUUUGCAGUUGUUUGCAAGGACAGAAAGUGGACCAAAAUUGCCACCAAGAUGGGGUUUGCUCCUGGUAAGGCUGUGGGCUCACAUAUCAGAGGACAUUAUGAACGAAUUCUCAAUCCCUACAACUUAUUCCUGUCUGGAGAUAGUUUAAGGUGCCUGCAGAAGCCUAACCUGACCUCAGACACAAAGGACAAGGAGUACAAACCCCAUGAUAUUCCCCAAAGGCAGUCUGUGCAGCCUUCAGAAACCUGUCCCCCAGCCCGAAGAGCAAAGCGCAUGCGAGCUGAGGCCAUGCAUAUUAAAAUAGAACCAGAAGAGACAACGGAGGCUAGAACUCAUAAUCUGAGACGCCGAAUGGGUUGUCCAACUUCAAAAUGUGAAAAUGAGAAAGAACUGAAGAGUAACAUCAAGCAAGAGCCCAUUGAGAAGAAAGACUAUGCUUUUGAAAGUGAGAAGGAAAAGCCCAAGAGUAGAUCUAAAAAAACCACUAAUGCUGUGGACCUGUAUGUCUGCCUCCUAUGCGGCAGUGGCAGCGAUGAGGACCGGCUGCUCUUGUGUGAUGGCUGUGAUGACAGUUACCAUACCUUUUGCUUGAUACCACCUCUCCAUGAUGUUCCCAAAGGAGACUGGAGGUGUCCUAAGUGUUUGGCUCAAGAAUGUAGUAAGCCACAAGAAGCAUUUGGCUUUGAACAAGCAGCCAGGGACUAUACUCUGCGUACUUUUGGGGAAAUGGCAGAUGCAUUCAAAUCUGAUUACUUCAACAUGCCUGUCCAUAUGGUUCCCACAGAACUGGUGGAGAAAGAAUUUUGGAGACUGGUAAGCACUAUUGAAGAAGAUGUCACAGUGGAAUAUGGAGCUGAUAUUGCUUCAAAGGAGUUUGGGAGUGGCUUUCCUGUCCGAGAUGGAAAAAUCAAACUUUCUCCUGAGGAAGAGGAGUAUCUUGAUAGUGGCUGGAAUUUGAACAAUAUGCCAGUGAUGGAGCAGUCUGUCCUUGCUCACAUUACUGCUGAUAUAUGUGGCAUGAAGCUCCCAUGGUUGUAUGUGGGAAUGUGCUUUUCUUCCUUCUGUUGGCAUAUUGAAGACCAUUGGAGCUAUUCAAUCAACUACCUGCACUGGGGUGAGCCAAAAACCUGGUACGGAGUCCCCGGGUAUGCUGCUGAGCAGCUAGAAAACGUAAUGAAGAAACUGGCUCCCGAGCUCUUUGUGUCCCAGCCUGAUCUCCUUCACCAGCUUGUGACCAUCAUGAACCCCAAUACUUUGAUGACUCAUGAAGUGCCUGUCUAUCGGACAAAUCAGUGUGCUGGGGAGUUUGUGAUUACAUUUCCAAGAGCCUACCACAGUGGUUUUAACCAAGGUUUUAAUUUUGCUGAGGCCGUUAACUUUUGCACCGUUGACUGGCUGCCAUUAGGCCGACAGUGUGUGGAGCAUUAUCGCCUGCUUCACCGGUACUGCGUGUUUUCUCAUGAUGAGAUGAUUUGUAAAAUGGCUUCUAAGGCCGAUGUAUUAGAUGUUGUGGUGGCUUCAACUGUUCAGAAGGACAUGGCUAUCAUGAUUGAAGAUGAAAAAGCUUUAAGGGAAUCUGUCCGUAAAUUGGGAGUAAUUGAUUCGGAAAGAAUGGAUUUUGAGCUAUUGCCAGAUGAUGAGAGGCAGUGUAUAAAAUGCAAAACUACAUGCUUCAUGUCUGCCAUCUCCUGCUCUUGUAAACCUGGCCUGCUUGUUUGCCUUCAUCAUGUAACAGAAUUGUGUUCCUGCCCCCCUUAUAAAUAUAACCUGAGGUACAGAUACACUCUGGAUGAUCUCUACCCCAUGAUGAAUGCACUGAAGCUUCGUGCAGAAUCAUACAAUGAGUGGGCCUUAAAUGUAAAUGAAGCGUUGGAGGCAAAGAUUAACAAGAAGAAAAGCCUUGUCAGCUUUCAAGCUUUAAUUGAAGAAUCAGAAAUGAAAAAAUUCCCAGAUAAUGAUCUUUUGCGUCACCUUCGCUUAGUCACACAGGAUGCAGAGAAGUGUGCCUCUGUUGCCCAGCAAUUGCUUAAUGGCAAAAGGCAAACUAGAUACCGGUCUGGUGGAGGAAAAUCUCAGAAUCAGCUGACAGUGACUGAGCUCCGGCAGUUUGUGACACAGCUGCACGCGCUUCCGUGUGUCAUUAGUCAGACGCCGCUGCUAAAGGAUCUCUUAAAUCGUGUGGAAGAUUUCCAACAGCGUAGUCAGAAACUACUCUCUGAGGAAAUGCCUAGUGCUGCUGAACUUCAGAACUUGCUAGAUGUCAGCUUUGAAUUUGAUGUUGAACUUCCACAGCUUGCUGAGAUGCGUACCCGCUUAGAACAGGCUCGUUGGCUAGAAGAGGUGCAGCAAGCUUGCCUAGACCCCAGCUCCCUCACUUUAGAUGAUAUGAGACGUCUCAUAGACUUGGGGGUGGGUCUGGCUCCAUACUCAGCAGUGGAGAAAGCUAUGGCCCGGCUGCAAGAACUUCUUACAGUGUCAGAACACUGGGAUGACAAAGCCAAGAGUCUUCUCAAGGCCAGACCACGGCAUUCACUGAACAGUCUUGCUACGGCGGUGAAGGAGAUUGAAGAGAUCCCCGCGUACCUGCCAAAUGGUGCAGUCUUGAAAGAUUCAGUACAGAGAGCCAAAGACUGGCUUCAGGAUGUAGAGGCACUGCAGGCUGGAGGACGUGUGCCAGUACUAGACACACUCAUAGAACUUGUUUCAAGAGGCCGAUCUAUCCCAGUUCAUCUGAAUUUUUUGCCAAGACUGGAAUCACUAGUAGCUGAAGUUCAGGCUUGGAAAGAAUGUGCUGCAAAUACAUUCUUGUCUGCGAAUUCCCCCUAUUCUCUCUUAGAGGUGCUUUGUCCUCGCUAUGAUAUUGGCCUUUUGGGAUUGAAAAGGAAACAGAGGAAGUUAAAGGAGCCCUUGCCAAGUGGGAAGAAGAAAAGCACGAAACUAGAGAGUCUGAGUGACCUGGAAAGGGCUUUAAUUGAAAGCAAAGAGACUGCUUCUGCUAUGGCAACGCUUGGUGAAGCUCGCCUGAAGGAGAUGGAAGCCUUGCAGUCUCUCAGACUUGCCAAUGAAGGGAAAUUGCUGUCACCUGUCCCAGACGUGGAGCUGAAAGUCUGCGUUUGCCAGAAGACCCCAGCUACUCCUAUGAUCCAGUGUGAACUGUGCAGGGAUGCUUUCCACACUAGUUGUGUGGCAGUACCCAGUAUUUCACAGAGCCCCCGAAUCUGGCUCUGUCCCCAUUGUCGGAGGUCAGAGAAGCCUCCAUUAGAGAAAAUUCUGCCCCUUUUGGCCUCUCUCCAGCGUAUUCGGGUUCGGCUUCCUGAGGGAGAUGCGCUCCGGUACAUGAUUGAAAGAACCGUGAACUGGCAACACAGAGCCCAGCAGCUACUUUCUUCAGGGAAUGUGAAGUCUGUGCAGGAGCGAGUAGGCCCUGGACUGCUGCACAGCAGGUGGCAAGCCUCCGCAGGACAGGUGUCAGAGGCAAACAAGGGUUCUCAACCUCCUGACACAACAUCCUUUUCCUUGCCUGAUGACUGGGACAACAGAGCCUCAUAUUUACACACUCCCUUCUCUGCUGGACGGAGUUGUAUUCCCCUCCAUGGUAUGAGUCCAGAAGUGAAUGAACUGUUGAUGGAAGCCCAGUUGCUCCAGGUAUCACUUCCUGAAAUUCAGGAACUUUACCAGACAUUACUUGCAAAGCCAAGCCCUCAACAAACUGACCGAAGCUCACCAGUUAGAUCCACUAAUGAGAAGAGUGACUGCUGCCGAGGGAAGCGGAUUGGAAUCAAUAGUCUUGAGAGAAAACUGAAGAGGCACCUGGAAAGAGAAGGCCUAUCUAAUGAGCAAUGGGAUCGAAUUAAAAAAAUGCGGACCCCCCAAAAGAAGAAAAUCAAACUGAGCCACCCCAAAGACAUGAACAAUUUCAAAUUAGAGAGAGAUUGUAGUUAUGACUUAGUCCGUAAUGCGGAAACUCAUUCCCUGCCCUCAGAUACAUCCUAUUCUGAACAGGAGGACUCUGAGGAUGAAGAUGCCAUCUGUCCAGCUGUGAGCUGCCUGCAGCCAGAAGGAGAUGAGGUGGACUGGGUCCAGUGUGAUGGCAGCUGCAAUCAGUGGUUUCAUCAGGUCUGUGUUGGUGUCUCUCCAGAGAUGGCAGAGAAAGAAGACUACAUCUGUGUGCGCUGUACUGGAAAGGACGCACCAAGCCGAAAGUAAAAACAAAACAAACACCCCACUUCAUGUAAUUCAGGACUCCAACCAAGAAGAUUUCCUCAAAUCAGUAAAGCUGCAGGACUGGUAUCCAAGCCAGCCUGUACACGGUGCUAUUUCUAUUCCUUAUGGGAUCAUUUUUCCAGAACUCUUUGAAAAAAAGAAAAAAAAAAACAACUAAAAAAUUUUUUGACACUUUUUGUAUCUUUUUUCCUUAAGAGCUGUUUGUGGUUGUUCAAGUUUGAAAUGCUGACUGGUUUUUGCAGGGGUUUCCACUGAUUUCGAAGGUAUUGGAGUUUGCACCUUUUCAUGUACAGCAUUAACAUUGUACUUCUUCUGUAUGGGAUUUUACUGGCUUAAGAGUCCAACUCAGAUUCAGGGCCCAGAGGGGGCACCAGAUAUUCCAGUAAACCCUCUGUGAGUAAUCUCUUGUUUACUCUGUUACCACAUUUUGAGAGAAUUUUAAGUUUUUCACUUUUUGUUUGUUUUUCCCUCCCUCCCUCCCUCCCUCGCUCCCUCCCUCGCUCCCUCCCUCGCUCCCUCCCUCCCUCCCUCCUUCCCUCUCUCCCUCCCUCUUUCCUUCCUUCCUUCCUUCCUUCCUUCCUUCCUUCCUUCCUUCCUUCCUUCCUUCCUUCCUUCCUUCCUUCCUUCCUUCCUUCCUUCCUCCUGGUAGGCUAGGUUUAUUUAUCUGAGCAAUAACUUCCAUGUUGGUUUCAGUGGCUGGAAUUAAAACAAGGAACGUCUGAACAGUGUGUUGGUGCUGUAGCACUUGGUUAACGUUCAGAACGCAAGUGUCUGCUUUCGAGUGUCACUGAUGAACUAGUGAUGCAGAAAAGAGACCAUGCUGUAAAUUGCCACAGCUGUAUUUUGGCUUUCAUCCUGCCUCCCUUCCCCCUCCCCUUUAUUUUUUUGGUAGAUUGUAUCAAAUGUUGCCGUUUAUAUUGUGGAAUAAUAAAUCCUUGGUCCUAUUAUAGUACUAAAUGCUGGUUAUUUAGAGCAACUAGACUAUAGCUUCUGCCCCACCACUUCACGGGCUUGCAGACCAGUAGGGGUUCUUAGAUUUGCUUCUGCCCAAGCAGGCUGCAGUAGCAGUGGAUACGUGCCUGUCAACAUGAGGGCUUCUUUUAUAGCCUGCCCGCUUAGGUGGGCUGUAUGCCAUCAGACCCCCACUAAUAAAGGACCGUCCAGUCUUCAAAGACUAGAAUCCUUUAAAGCCAUGCUUUUAAAAAAUAAGCUCUCCAAAUAUUUGAGUGUUCCCUAAAUCCCUCCAAUCUUUAAAUCAGUUCUCCUUGAGGAGAUGAGACCUUUAUUACAUUUGAACUGACCAGGAAAUUUGGAUGGGGGUUAAGAAGUUGGGUAGAAGGCUAAGGAAGAUUCAUCCUCACACAGGGUCAGUUUCAGUGCAUGGAGCUUGGGAACACCCCAGGCCUGCCUUUCCUCACUAACUCCCUCCAUUUCUUUCUUUUGGGGACCAGCCUGCAGCUAGUAAACAGAACAGACUUCUGCUUACUCUCUCCUGGUCUGUUGCAAACACUUCACAUUUUAUAGCCAUAAACCUGAAAGUGGAUAGAGCUAGUGGAUCUUUAAUAAAAUAAAGCAAUGACAAAAAGCAGAUUUAAAUGUCCUAUCCCUUUUAUAAAAUAAUUAAAUCUCUUUAAGAAUGACUCCUAUUGGUCUACAGUUUUCCUACAGUCGCUGUGAUUUCUCUCCUUAAGGGAUUUGGAAGCAGCAGAAUGUUCUCUGACCUUUUUAGUAAUCCAGGUUCCAGACCCAUCUUCCACCAUCAGACCAGGAUUCCCUUACCUUCAUUUGAGAAAAUUUCCCUUACCUUCAUUUGAGAAAAUAAGAUUUUACUUUCUGAUACAGUGUCUCAUAUAUCCCACGCUGGCCUGGAACUCACUUCAUAGCUGCGAAUGACCUUGAACUAAUGUUCCUGCUUCUACCUCCCGAGUGCUGGGAUCACAGGCGUGUGUCAGCAUGCCUGGUUUAUGUAGUGCUGGGGCUCAAACUCCAGGCUUCUUGCACAUGAGGCAUACAUUCUACGUCGAUCGAGCUGUAUUCCCAGCCCCUCACUAACUUUUCUUCCCGUGUGGGUUGUGCUCAACCCUGACAAUAGCAUCUGUGGUUACUUAACAUCUCUACUGCCAGUGACAGCGGGGGUGGGAGAGAUGAUGUGUGCAUCUGAAUUCCCUCCCUGGGCAGGAACCACUGUUUCUCCUGCUGAUGCUGCUGUGGUUAGUGUCACUUGCUCAAAAUUAUGCGAGUAAAUGACAAAGUCCAGUUCUCAUACGAUAUUCAUUCAUCCUACCUUGUUACAGUAUCAGGCAUGGCGAACAUGAGAUAUUUCCCCCUCUCAGCUUAGCUUAUGUUGUAUCCAAUAUAAUUGCAAACUAAUGUUUUGUUAAAAAAAAAAAAACACAUUUCAUUAUAUGCUAUCUUUGUGGCUGUCCUGUGCCCUAGAGAAGCCCUUGCACUUGUAGGAAAAGAUAAAAUAGCAACUGACACUUCCUGUGGUCCCUAAGGUUGGACAAGAGUACCCUGAGAGGUAGACCCUGAACCAGGAGGAGGGUCCUAGGCAAAUACCCCAAAGGCUGGAUGUGGGGUGCCCCACCUCAAUGCAGUGACAGUGAUUGGUUACUUUUCAUUCCAGAAUCUGGAAGGUAUUUUUUCCUCUGUGUGUGUGUGCAAAAUAAAGGGCCUGCUUGUCCUAUACAAACAAAGCUUCUAGCUGGGAGAACGACCAUGUGAUUUAGAGUAGCAGUAGAGAAGGCUUCAUUACAGCAUCUGCAGGGUGAGACUCACUUUUCUGUCCAGGUUAAUGUGACAUAGACAUGCCACUUGUGGUGGUGGAUGUUGAUACAACUUAAACUUCUAAAACCAGAUAAUAAUCCAGGCAUGGUGUGCACACCUGUAAUCUUAGCACUCAGGAAGUUAAGAGUAUUGUCUUGGCUCAAGGCCAGCCUGGGCUACACAGCAAAAUCCUGGUCUCAAAAAUGAGAUAUUGAGAUCUUAAGGCUUUCAUUGUAGCUUGAUAGAGUCAUUGAGACACCUAUUUUGCCAUUAUGCACAUCAUUUGAAAUAAUGUGGUAGCUUGUAUGGUGACACAGGAUGCUAAGGUAGGAGGAUUGCAAGUUAGAGGACAACACUGGAUACAUGGCAAAACCCCUUCUUUCAAAUUAGGUGGCAUUAGUGUGGCAGGCUUGAGAACAGGGCCCGGCACUUCGCGCUCUCAGCUGAGCAGGCUGUACUUUCAGGCCCAUAUGCACUUAGCUUCUAUAUUUUAUUCUUUCUACUUAGGAUCCAGCAUAUCUGGCUGUCCUGUAAAAUCUGCUUCUGGCUUAGAACAGGCAGUGGUAGGUAUUUUGUGCCUAGGGAUAUUUUUCUGGGUCCAAUAUUGCCUAGUAUUCUUCUCAUAAAAAAAAAAAAAAGAAAAAACACAGGGUAGAAUGGAUUACCAUAGGUGGUAGAAU